UAAUUUGAAUUCAGUUCUACGUAAUGAAUAUUUAAAUGACACAUAGUUUACAAGUGUGAACAAAUCUAAUGUACAGAAAAUUAAAAAUUGCAACUGGAUUAUCAUAAAAUGACUUCUCCACUUAAAGAUAUACUAGGUGGGAAUUUUUUAUCUUUUAUUGCUAAAUUGAUUGGCCACCGAUGGAGACCAUUCUUUACUAGACUGAAGUUCGAAUCGUAUCAUUGUGACCACCUUGCAGCGGAUAAUCCUCAUUGUCCGAUUGAACGAAUAAUAAAAGGGUUAACAGAAUGGAAAAAGAGACAAUUGCCAAAAGUUCUAAUAGACUAUAAAAGUAUUGAGGAAAUCACAGAUUGGCUGCUAAUCGUUCUUGAAUCGGAGUGUGAAAGAAAGGACAUUUCUGACGACAUAAAGAAAGAUUGUAAAGAUAUGGACGAGAUAAUUGAAAUGCUAACUGUAAAAGUAACAGAAGACCGCCCACGUCUAUUUGGUGCACUUGAAAUUGACUGGCAGAGCCUUGAGGCUGAACUUCCAACCGGUUCGUCAUUAAAAAGAAGAACAGAGGCAUGUCUUGAUACAUGGUUCACCGAGCAACAACUGAAAUACUGGAAAUACCAGGAGCUUUUAUAUGCAUUCCGUGAUAGUGAACUGGAUUCGGAAGUAGACAGCAUUAUAGAAAAAUUCGGAAUAAAAGAGCUACAGGAUGCCGGAAAGUAUUUCAGAGCAGAGGAAAAGGACACACAUCGACAGAUUUUAUUUCAGCAAAGUCCUACUGACAAAGCUUUGUCUAAGAAGUCAGAAGAUGCAAAAUAUAUGAGACACAAAAGACCUUUUGAGGGAACUAUUGUCGAGAAUGGUGCAUGUAAGAAAAAGGUAAAGACCAUCAGCAAGGAGAAGAUUACAGACAUGGAUACCAAUACUGGUGAAGAAACAACUGCAGCUAUCGGGUCCCAGCAAUCUCUAAUUCAUCUACGGGAUUAUCAACAAGAACUCGCUGUGUUAGCACUUAAAGGAGUCAACACAAUUAUAUAUGCUGGCACAAAUGCUGGUAAAACAUACGUUGCCCUUAAGGUUGUUGAGAACCAUCUGGAGAAAAAUACUACCGGUAAAGUGGUCUUCAUGGCGACAACAAAUGCAUUGCUCGGACAACAGUUUGAUACAACCUUCAAAUUACUACCGGAUUUUUUAUUGAAGGGAACAAUUCGAAAGUGGGAAGCUAGCCAGGACGUAACAAAUGAAACCUUUAAAAAUUUGGUCAAGCGAUGUAGUAUUUUGUUUAUAACACCUGCGUCCCUUUGCAAUUUCCUUGAUGAUGAGUUAGAAAAUACAAGAGUAGAUAUCAAUGAAUUUACACUAUUUGUACUGGAUGAAUGUCAUCAUACCUAUGGCAAAACCCCAUAUAACAAAUUAAUGGGUCAUUAUAGAAAGAAGAAAUUUAGGAAUGGAAAAAGUAAUCUUCCACAGAUUAUGGGUUUAACCGCUUCACCAGGGACAAAUAGAGCAAAGGAUAAAUCUGGGGCAAAGGACCAUUUGCUACGUAUUAUGACGAAUCUCGAUGUCAAAGAGCUGUCAGUUGUUAAAGAAUAUGAAUCUUCUUUACUAAAGUAUUCAUCUAAGCCUGUCAAAGUACCUAUACUAUCAAAGAAAAGACGUAAUGAUCCCGUCAAAAAGAUAUUGAUGGGAGCAAUGGAUGAUGUUGAAGUCAUUCUAGAUAGCAGGCAAGUUACAACAUAUCUGAGCAACACUAUCAAUAAAGCUGAUGAUCUGUCUAAAGCUCUGAAUAAUCCACCAAAGGAUCGAACCAUUGAACAUUACAUAUUAUGGCUUUCGGAAACAAAGAAGAAAAUAGAAGAAAUGCUGAUAAAUGAAACACAAGCGCUACGUUUAAUGCAUGCCUGUGUUAGACAUCUUGAGUUUUAUUCAGAAUGUUUGGAAGUUAACUCGCUAUUAGAUAUUAUUCAUAUAAGAAAAAAUGUGGAAGAGGGAGUUAAAAGAUUGAAAGAAGAAAGCAAAAUGGCAACUGGUGACAAAGAAAAAGAAUUGAUAGAAAUACUUAAUGAAGUAUGGAUUAAAAUAAAAGAAUUAGGGAAGAGAAUUGAAGGAAAUCCUGAUGUUGACAAAAUCAUUGAAGUGCUGAAGGAUAAAUAUCAGAAACAGGGAGAUAAAUCGAGGUUCAUUAUAUUUGUUAAAACCAGAAUGACAGCCAAAGCGCUAGCAGAAAAACUUCCAGACGAGUUCAAGAGUCGACAUUUGACUGGGUCUCAAGUUUCAAAAGAAGAGGGAGGUCUUUCAAAGGAAGAACAGAUUGCUAUUGUGAACCGAUUCAAGGCAGGAAAACAUUUGUGUCUGGUAGCAACAUCUAUAGCAUGUGAAGGAUUGGACAUUCAACAAUGUACCUUGGUGAUAUGUUAUAGGCUGAAAUCAAAUGAGAUAACCAGUUUACAGAUGAGAGGUAGAAUUCGCCAUGAAGAUGGGAUAGAGGUACACAUUGGAAGCCAGACAGAACUGGAAAGAGAAGAAAUAAACGUAGAGAGGUUGUUUUUAAUGGACUCAGCAAUGCAGGAUGUAUUAAAGGAAGAUGUUAGGCAAUACAUAGAAAUGUCAGAAAGGAUCAUAUACCAGAGGGAGGAGCAAGAACGACUACAACUGAAAACAAAUUUUAAUUCUGAGAAAAAAGGACAAUUUUACAUAAAUUGUGCAUCAUGCGGCAAAUUUAUAGUUGAUGGCCAAUACAUCAGGCGUAUUAAAAAGACGCAUGUUAUUGUUUGCGAUAAAGAAAUUUUUGAUAAGAUUACAAGAAAGCCAAGAAAUCCUCGGCCUAUUGAUAAUAUAAAGAUAACAGAUAAAGUUCAUGGAUGUUUUCCAUGUGGUCAUGAUUGGGGAUCUAUUUUCAUAUACAAAGAUUGUGAAUUUGUGUCACUGUCACAAGAUAAUAAGACAAUAGUAAAUAAAGAAACUAAAGAACCAUUUCCUUUCCAAAAGUGGUCGGAUGUUCACAUGGAAUUUCCAUUGGAUGACAUUACAGACAAUGAACUUAUAGAAUACCAAUCAAAACUAUAAAGAGUUUAAGCUAUUUUUUUUCAAAAACACGCCUAUUUUGUGGAGAUAAUUUUCAUAUAUAUAUUGUUUUAUUUACAUGUUCAUACUUGUUCUCAGAGAAACAUAAUAUAUGAUAUGAAUGUUUCCAGUAUAAAUACACAUAAAUAGUGGCGAUAUUGAAUUCGAAGGAUGACUGAAAGUGAAGAGAGGGAUAAAGCAGAAAUUUAGUAACAGUUCUUUGAAGUUCGGGAAAUAUAAAUGUUUAAAUAUGACGCAUAGCUCUAUGUUCUGACAUUGAAAUUAAAUAGAGGUGCAUAUCAACUUUCCAUGCAAGAAUAUAAUUUUGUAUUAAACGUGAUGGUUAUUGGAAAUUGUAUUGUCUAUAUUUACAGAAGUGGAACCUAAAAGGGAUUUUCGGAACACUAACCUUGAAGUUCCACAUCCAUCAUAUAUAACAAUUGAAUGCAAAGAUUACUUAACAAAGUGACUCUGCUUUUACUCGAUCAACCUGCUGAUCUUUUUUGCAAAUACAAACUGG